AUGGGUCAAAGCACGGCACAAACUGAGGGGGAACCCCCCGCAGCAGCAGCAGCAGCAGCAGCAGCAGCAGCUGAGAAGCUCCCCUUGCUGCUGUUGGUUGUGUCUCCUGCUGCAGCAGCGGAGGUGGCCCCGUGGGGAGGCAACGCGCUGCUGCGUCAGGUAGCGCAGCAGCUGCUGCAGCAACUUGGAUCUGUCCCUGUGCAGGAGACAGCAGAAGAGACACUUGAAGCAACAAGAGAUGAGGAGACAGUACGCCUCACCUCGUGGCGCUGUUCUAUCCGCAACAAAUACUACUCAGCCCCUAUAAGGGCUGUUAUGCUGCAGCUGCCGCUGCAGCAGCAAGAGCAGCAGCAGCAGCAGCCUCAGCCGAAGCAGCCCCAGCUGCAGCAGCUGCAUCAGCAGCAGGAGGAGGAGCAGUGUGCAGCAGCAAAGCCUGCGAGUGAGGCGUGCUCUGCUGCAGCAGAAGAGACACCUUUGAGAAAGAAGGAGACACUUGAGGCUGCGGAGACACCUGAGAAGUGCCGCCUUCCUGCUGAAGCAGUUGUGUUUAUUUGCAGCAAACAAGAAAGAGAUAAGCUGCUCGCAACCAGGCGUCUUGCAGAGGCAGAGGACGAGGACAGACACCCCAACAGCAGCAGACUGCUGCUGCCGCUGCACUGCAUGCGCAACUGGCCCGUUGCCAAGCAGCAGCAGCAGCAGCAGCAGCAAGAGCAGCAGGAGAUGAGAGAGGGGGAAGAGACAGGGGACACGGAUGAUUGGUGGGUUCGAGAUGUCCCUCUUAAAUUCAUAGUGUUCAUACACUGCAGCACCAGCAGCUACAGCAGCAGCUGGGGCUGCAGCAGAUGCAGCAGAGGUUCUGCUGUCUUAGCAGGCAACGGGGAGACUGAAGUUUGGCUGUUCCUGAAGGAUGUGUUUAUAGAGGGUGUCGAGCUUUGUCUCAACACCAAAGAGGCAGCAGCUGCUUCUUCUGAUGCUGCUGCUGCUGCUGCUGCUGUGCCGGAGCGGCAGCAGCAGCGGCUGCGCGCUGUAGCUGAGGCGCUGCAGUGUCACAUGUGGCCAGGCCUAACGAAGUGCAGCUCUAAUAUAACCAGCAGCAGCAGCAACAGCAACAGCAACAACAGUUGCAGCAGCAGCAACGGCAGCAGCAGCAACAGCACCAGCAUGAAGAGAGGAGAGCAGCAGUCAGAGCAGCAACAGGGGGUUGACACGUCUGCUGCUGCUUCUACUGCUGGUGCUGCUGCAGGCGUUCGUGAGCGGCCUCGAGAGGGGCCCGCUGUCCCUAAAGCAGCACCAGCAGCAGCAGCAUCAGCAUCAGCGUCAGCAACAACAACAGCAGCAACAGAAGCAGAGAUGGAGGAGUGGGAGUCUCUUGCUGCAGCAAUGAUGCAGCUGAAGCACAGCGGAUCUUCUGUCUCCUCUCAAAGUCGGAGGCAUAAGGCUAUGUAUCUUGCUUCGCAGUUAGCUGCCCUCAGCCGCUGUGAUGAUGAAUAG